AUGACGGCGACACCUGCACCGGCUCGCCGCAGGAGAUAUCCUGUCGCCUCCGUGUGUCUGCCCGUUAUGAAUCACGACGUGGGGGAGGACGUGGUGAGGGGGUUCCGGGAUGCGGCAGCGGAGUUCUUCACGAUGCCGGCGGAGGCGAAACUCCCCUACUGCUCCAACGACCAGAGCAAGCCCUUCCGGCUCGCCACCAGCACCACCUACGACUACGGCGAGAUGCGGUACUGGCUCGACUACCUCAAGCUCCAGUGCCACCCAGUGACAGAUGGGCUCGUCCGGCAGUGGACAACCGAACCAACGAGCUUCAGGCCGUGCCUCACCGAUUUCUCCGUGGCGGUGCACGAGUUGGCCCAGACAAUGCUCCGUCUCAUCGCAAAAGGGCUUGGCCUCGGCGCCGACUUCUUUGCUUGCGCCCUUAGUGGCGGCGACACUCAAAUGAACGUCAACUACUACCCGCCGUGCUCGGACCCGAGCCUCACACUCGGCCUCCUCCCGCACUUUGACCCCCACCUCCUGACCAUUCUCUCACAGGGCGACGUGGUGGGCCUCCAGGCGAGGCACAACAGGUGGUGGCUCCUCAUCAUCCGCCCUGUCCCCAGCGCAUUUGUCAUCAACUUUAUCCACCAAAUGGAGAUCUUCACGAACGGUGCACUAACCAGCGUCGAACACCGUGUUGUAACCAACUCCGUGGUGACAAGGAUGUCAGUGGCAAUCCUCAUCAUGCCCAAGAUGGAGUGCUAUAUCAGCAAAGAGCCGGAGAUCUUGGACGAGGCCACGAAUCCUGCAAAGUUCAGGGAGUUCGUGUUUAGUGAGUUCAUGGAGGCGUAUUACACUGCCGCGGCUAGCAAGGAGGAAGUGCCCGAGUCCUUCAGGAUCCAAGAAAACUACAUUUGGGACUACGACUAUCAGCAUCAGAUUGAGAUUACGCUUAAACUCAUUGAGCUUCUGGACUGGAAGUGGCUUUGUAAAACCAUCUGCAAGCUGAUCAUCACUAGAAACAAACCGAAUAGCUAG